GGAAGCGGAAGCGGAAGCACAGCAAAGGGAAGGAAGCGUGGCAGAACGGAAGAACACGCCCAACCCUGCAUCCACCCUCUCAACACGGCCACGACUAACUAAACCCUCGAAUAAACUCCCAUCCCCUUUCAACCCGACGACAACAACACCACCACCAACCUCACCACCAUCACCAUCUGCCUCCUCCUCGCAGACAGUACAUCAUAGUCUAUGGCGCCUCUCUCAUAGCCUAACCUGAUCUGUCGCCCGUCUGUCUUCAUUCUUGUCCAUUACUUGCUUGACUUCCUUCUCUUCGCGCUAUGACACUCCUUUAAUCAACACGAUACACUUCUUUAUUUAAUAAUUUAUUUUUUUGGUGCGAGACGCGUCGCCGUACACUCGAUUUCGGAUAACACGAUAAGGGAGACAUACAUACAGACAAGGAGAGACAUUUGCACGGUGUAGGAAAGGUUACUGAGGAAAGGAAAGGCUCCGUGUUGUAGCGUGGCCAGAGGAUUGUUUUAGAGAGCAGAGUAGACGACGGAGUUUCGUCUGCGCUGGUCUCGGUGUGAUAUCCAAACAAUUUCUUCUUUGCAAUCAUCGCCUCCUCCUGCUGCAGCGGCAGAGGACGGACCCGGCAAUAAUCCAUCUACAGCGGAUCUACCUGCACGCGCCGAAUCGCCUGCUUUCUCGACGAGCUCAACAGCAGAAGACGACGGAGGCUCAUCUCCUGUCCUUCCACCGCUUCCGCAACCCACAUUUCGUGGUCGCACAUUCGAGCCUCGAUCGAGAACGCCGCCUUCCGGUUCACCAGGGAGCAGUCACUACUAUACUGCCAGCUGGGGAUCUCCAUACCAGCAGCCUGCAGGUUCAUUCAGAACUCGAUCACACGCCCAUAGCCAUACGUUGAGUAGUGAGCCGUCCGAAGAUUCGCCCAUCCGACAUCUCGAGUUCCAUACCCCGUUCCUCCGUCCAGCACCGACCUUUACACGUCUGCACACUGAUCCCGAAUUCGUCUCCCACGACGGUCUAAUCAGUGCGGCAGUCCUUGCGAAUCGAGCUAGACGUCCAGCGACGGGAUUGACAGAGGAUUGGAUUCGACAACAUACUGGAGGAGAAUCUGUGGAAAGAAAUCACUGGCUUAGUGACGACGCAGGAGAUAGUGAGCACUCUUCACUGAGCGGAUCAAUCUCCGGCGAAAACAGAGAUUGGCCUGGAACCGAAACGGAUCCACGGACACCAACUCUAAAAACCUUUCUUGAAUCUAGAAAGAAGGCACACAGCAGACCUGUAAGACCAAGAGGACACAGGAGACAAUUGACAACGGAUACAUUGACACAGGAGGAUUUCGCUGAAGAUUUUCUCGACCAUUCGAUUCCGAAGAUGUCGCUUACAGAUGAGAAUGAUAUGGGUGUGGCGAUGGAAAUGAAUGCUCAAUCGCCGGAAGACGAGACACCCCCUCCUCCACCACCGAAAGAAUGGCGCGCUGCUGCUCUCCCCGCUCCAGUGGAAGCACCAGUCCAAGUCCCAACACCAGCUCCAGGACCGCCACGUCUGAAGAAAAAGGUCCCAUGGAGAGGGAAAAAUAUCCUCGUCUUACUGCCAUGGGACGAUGAGCGCGGUCAGAAAGGCAAAGCCCCUACGCCUCUGACCGAGAAGGACAUGGCUGCUAUGUUGAAGGAGUGGGAGCAGCUGGGUUAUGAUACCACCGGCUUCAACCUUGGUCCCGAUGUUUCUGAGGGAGAUGAGGGUAGUCAGGGUCAGAGUCGCAGUCCCUGGCCUCUUGUCAGGGACGUCAUCCAGGAUAGGACGCAGCGAAACUUUAGGGUCAGCAUCCCUAACCGAAAAGAAUGGGACGACUAUGUCCAGGAGCUCAAGGAAGCAAAGCUCCGUGCUUUGGGGGUGUCAUUUGGAGACGAAGAACCUGCUCCAACGAUCUCACCAGCUGUGUCAAAUAUGAAAAGCAGGAGAACAUCUAUGCAAUAUCCACCACUGCCAUUCUCACCACCAUUGCCGACAUCUUCAGCGGCCAGCAGUCAUUUGACUCAGCAUCAAAACCCAUUCUCGCCUCUGUUGAUGCCAGGUGCUGGAAUGUCAACGAGUCAGAGCUCCAAUCCAGGCUCAGUAGCAUCACCAGCCUCGAUGCAUGCACACAUGCAGGGUAAAUUCAAUCCAAGACAAUCUGUCUCAUUUACUGGUAACGAGCAUCCGUUUGGAUCGCCAUUCCAGUAUCCUCAACAGAACUCUCCAGGAGUGUGGUCACCUCAACAGAUGCUUUACCCGCAAGGUGCGGCUAGAGGUGGCUCGCCCUCGUUGCAAAAUCUUGGGUCACUGGUAUCUCCAGCUUCUCCGUUUUCGCAAGAUGGUUAUUUCCCACAAGGUGGAGACGUCAUGUCGCAGAUGCAACAAAGACAGCAGCUACUGCAGACCCAACUGGCGCAUCAGCAACAAUUGCAAUUGCAGGGUGGUGCUAGAGCCUCCCCUCGCCUCCAAGAGGUUCGAGAGAUCGAAGGCGAAGAUGAACCUUUGUCCAAGAGCCCCUCGAAGACUCCCGAAGCAAGAUUGCGCAACAAUCCCAAUGACCUCCAGAAAGAAAUCGAUGAUGCGGAGUACCACUUGGAGGAGCAGAUGCAGCGCGAGCUCGAGCACGAUGAUUACAGUCCACACUCUGACAAGGACGAAGACAAGUUCCCUCAGAAGCCUGUGAUGGGUCAUGCGAGAAAUACCUCAUCUAUGGGGCUUGGUGCAUCGAGAUAUGCUGCUGAGGAUUCAGAUGGCCCUGUACUGCAUCAUCCUCAGCCACAUAGCCGAGGACACUCACUCUCUCAACGUCCUUUCCAAGACAGCGAGGAGAGUGCUCCCGAGUCGAAAAAUCAUCUCGGCAAGCCUGAUCUUUCUGAUAUCGAGACAAACCCAAGUAAUCUGGGAACGCCUGUUCAAAGCACUUCUCUGUCUGGUAGUGGUCAUGAUAGGUCACUUUCAGCGGUCAGCAACCCCUGGGCAGAUUCAGAUGCAAAUCAAACCGAGAACAGUACUGCCCCUCCACGACGCAAAGGUCACAAAGCGACCUCGUCAACUCUCAACGUUGGAGCCAAGGAGUUCAAGUUCAAUCCAACGGCAACGACUGCAUUCGUUCCUGGCCAAUUCGCUUUCAACAGCAAUAGCUUCCAGUCGCCGAUCAACGCAUUCACAGCCUUUGCACCUCCUGUCUCUGCUACCACAAGCCAUUUCAGCCAUGGUUCAAUUGCCAGCUCGAGCAAGAUCAAUGUCGCUGCGCCUGCCUUUACUCCAAGUCACAAGGAAUUCAGUUUCUCUGCUUCGGGACCAAGUUUCAGACCUGAUGCACCAGCUUUCACUCCUUUGAACUCAACAUUUUCUGACUCCAUUGGAUCUGGUAGUGACGGACCUAGAAGCUCAAUCUUCGGCAACAUCGAUCUGAGUGCCUUGGGUAUCUCCAAACCGAGCAAGAAGAAUAAGGCUAUUCCGAUCAUUCGGCCUGAUAGCAGUCAUUCCAAGGCUGCAGAGAAUGAGGAUGUGGAAGAUAAGGACGGUCGAAUCACCCAGGGUGAAGGGCGAAUCAAGAGAGCUCGUGGUGCAAAGGACGACGGUGAUUCUGUGUCACUGUUUGCUGAACCAAGCAUGCCACUUGGUGAGACGACCAGAGAGCAAUCACCACCAAAGGAGUCUCUCACCGUGUCUACUGCGCCAGCUGACAAGGAGAACUCUGCUCCACUCGAGGAAAAUCCUGCCGAGUCGAGCGCCCGUACUGAAGCAUCUGGAAAGGACUUCUCGCCUUGGGAGUUCCAGGAGAAGAAGCAAGCAGAGGACUUCAAUGCCGCAAGACCAUUCACAUCCCGUAGAUAUGGCUCUGGCUUGCCUGCCUAUGGAAACUAUAACCCCUCCGAGGACGAGUUUACCACACCCGUUCACGACCCUCAGAAGCCAAAGGGUCACAAGAAGAAUAUCUCGUCCUUGUCGGCUACCGCCAAGCCAUUCGAGUUCAAGCCUGGAGCUUUCAACUUCACGUUUGGCCAGCCUUCUGCAUCGGUCCCUGCACCAUCUUCUGUACCUUCUCUGCCACCUUCGCUUCCUGUCAGUGCUGGCUUGUCUGCUUCACGAUUCGCUAGAAGCCCAACUCCACCUGCAGUAGAGGCCUCAAGUCCGCCUAAAUCACCAGAGACCCAUAUGCAGCCUGAGGAGCGAACACAGUUCCAAGGUGCAUUGCCACAGGUUGAGAGUCCACCACCAUACACUGGAGAGGAAGAACGCAACGAGACCUUCCAAGAGCAGUCAUUGGAAGAGAUUGAUGAGGUCAUGCGCUUGAUGAACGAGGCAGAAUCUGCACCAAGACAGGAUUCCACCGUCUACCACCAGCCAAGUCCACAACGACACAUCAAUCUUCCAGACCCAGACAACUCGUCGCCUAUCAGGCUUCUACCACAGCAUGUCAUGCGCAGUGAUGCUCCUAGCCCAAGUCCAAGACGAUUCCAAGCAUUGCCUGGAGAGUCGAGAAUCUUUUCACGUGUCAACGAGGAUCCAUUUGUUGCUGACGAAUCACCUGUUCAUCACCUGAAUAACAUGGACAGUCUGCCACCUAGUGAGUGGGAUGAUGUCCUUAGCGAGACUGAAGAGGCGAAACUUCUGCCUCGGGCCCAAUUCUUUGACAACCACGUCAACGAUCUCGUUGGUGGAUUACUGUCUCAAAGACUCGAACCACUUGAGCGCACACUGGAGAAUGUCCAGAUGUCGCUUGAUAUGAUGGCAGCUCGUGGUCAGUCCACUCAACGGGAGCGCCGAAGUAUCUCGGGUGCGCUCAGUGAUGCGGACGAUGAAGAUGAUGAUAAUGCUCGCCGAUCGCUUAGCCCCAGGCGAGACAAGAAGCUCGACAAGAUCAGAGCCGUCAUUACGGAAGCACUUGCUGCUCAACAAAACUCACGCCCCGCUACCGCUACGACCUCCCCUGGUGUCCUACCUGAUUCUCGCAAUGUCCUUCAAGCACUUAAUGAGAUGAAGGAGCAAUUUGGUCAAUCGAUGCGCCUCGAUCUCCGUGGUGAAGAUCUCAGAAAUAUUGUCGAGGAGGCUGUCGAGAGACGUAUGCCUACCUCACCAAAACCUGUUCUCGAUGAAGCUGCAAUUUCCAGAGAGGCAGAGUACAAAGCCAAGAUUGCAGAACUCGAAGAAAGACUCAUGCGGUUCGAUACUGAAAACACAAGUCGUGUUGCUGAUGUCGAAGAGAAGCUUCUCCGAGCAGACAUCCGUACCGAAGAGGAAACCAAGUCCCGUCGUGCUGCCGAAGACCGUCUCGCGGAAGUCCAGAGAUUGCUCCGCAUCUCUUCCGAGGAGGAAGUUCGUCUCCGGGAAGCCAUGGAUGAGAGAGAGCUGAAGAUCCGUGAGAUUGUAGAUGCUAGCGACCUCAAGGUAAGAAAUGUCGAGGAACAACGAGCCAAGACGACCAUGAGAAUCGCGCUCCUAGAAGCCGCCCAAGACAAUGCACAGAAGACACAGAAUGAUAUGCAGAACCGUCUGACCAUCUCCGACAACGAUCUCAGAGAAGCUCGACUUGAAGCCCAACGCUGGCAAAUGGAAGCUGAGCGUGCGCUCGACGCCGCCAGACGACACAGCGAGGAUGCCGAGCAGGCCAAUGAGACGAACAAGGAGCUGAGGCAUACCAUGGAGAGCCUGCGAACCCAGAUGGAGGAAAGUAUCCGAGUCCGCGAGGGUAUGAGAGGGAAAUUAAUGGAUUUGCAGGAGGACAUGGCGCGCGCAGCCUGUGAAAUUUCCGAAGAGAACGCCCGCCGCGCCAAGAAGGAGCAGGAGCUCAUUGCCCGACAGGAGGUCCUCGAUGCACGACUCCAGGCCGAAGCUAGGACGAGAGAGCGACUGGAGCUGGAGAUUGAACGUCUUGAGGGUGGUGAGCGCGAGGGUAUGCGUGCUGUGAGCGACCUGAAGAAGUUGGAAGCUGUUGUGGAUGAUUUAAGAGCGGAGAAUCAUGCUGCUCUCAAGGACAGUAUGCGCUACAAGAGAGAAUUCGAGGAGGCUAGAGAGUCUGGUUUGAGUGAAGUCCAGCGAACCAGACAUUACAUGCAGGUUGAGAUCGAUACUGCAAACAACCAAGUCAAUGUUGUGCGCGAGGAUCUCGAAAAUCAAGUCCUCAGAGCUCGUGCAGAGAUCGAUCAGAUCAAGCUGGAUGCUGAUACGGCAAAGGUCAAGAGCGAGAUGUUGCUCGAGGAAGCAGAGUCUUCUAAGCAAACACUCCUUAAUGACUUGAAGAACAAGCAUGCCGAUAUCAUAGAAGACAUGCAGACUCAGCAUGAACGCCAACUCAACAACACCGUUGAAGAUGCUCAACGCCACGAGCAGCACCUUCUUGAACGAUUAUCUCUUUCAGCAGCUAAGACUGAGCACCUCCAAGACCGUGUCUCUCACCUAGAAGAAAAAUUGGAGAUCGCCAACCAAGCCGCAGCUGCAGCUGCGACCGCGGCUAAGACUGCCCGCUCAGCAAGCAUCGCCUCUCCAACAACCACAACUCAUCGACCAUUGGCCAAAGGCCUCGAACUCCCAGAGAAGAUCUCACCCCAAGCCCUCCGCGAAAGCAUCAUGGUUCUACAAGAGCAGCUCCAAGCCCGCGAGCAAACCAUUGAAUCUCUCACCACGCAACUCUCAACCGUCGACCUCGACGCCCCAACCAAGAUCUCCAAGCGCGACGACGAAAUCAUGUGGCUCCGCGAACUCCUGUCAGUCCGCAAAGGCGAUCUCCAGGAUAUCGUCAAUGCUUUACAGAGUGAUAGAUUUGACGCCGAACGCGUCCGCGACGCCGCCAUUCGUCUUCGCGCCAACCUGCAGAUGGAAGAGCAAGAGCGGGAGCGCGCCAUGAACGGUGGCUCGGCCCUCUCUAAUCUCCCAAAUAUUGCGGCUAGUCUGCGGGACGUAGCUAGUCCGCGUGUCGCCCAAGCAGUUGGCCCUCUUGCCGCUGCGUGGGGCAACUGGCGGAAGGGGAGAGCCGUUGAUGUCGAUGGUGGAUCUAAUUCCAGCACGCCAUCUCGCACCAACUCGCCGGGAAAUCAAAGUUUCUUGAGUGGGUUGCUGACGCCGCCUGCUAGUACUUCGGCGAGGGGUGCUGCUGGGGAGAAGAGUGGAAGUGCAAGUGGGAAACAGCCUACUGCCUUUGGCAGUACAGGACAACGCUUCACCAGCGCACAACUCGCUAAUCGUCCGCGCAAUAUGUCCGGACAGCAGCGUGGUGCUGCCGGCCCGAGUCGCCAACCUACAGGCGCAGGAUUGCGAGGUAGUCCCGCUAAGUCCGCCAAAGGCUCUGUCGCUGGCGGAAGUAACAGAGGUAUGCGAGGAAGUGUGAGCAGUGUGAAUAGAGGGAUGGGUGGCAUGGGUAUGGGUGGUGUACCUACCACGCCGCCGAUGAUGCGCAAGAGUAGCUAUGAUGCUGAUGCGCAGGCGGAGGAUUUCAGUGAUGCGGGAUUUUAUGAUGAUGAGAGUUUUGCGGGGGAGGGGGAUGAUGUUUUGGAUGAGGAGGAGGGUGAGGGUGAGGAUGGAGAUGGAGAUGGGAGCAGAGGGGCUAUGGGGAGGGGUGAGGCUGCGUUGUACGCUUGAUUGAUUGAUUGCGAUUGAUCGGAUGUACACGCUGAAAACACAGUCCUGUACGGACAUACAAACUUAUAUUGAGGAGGAUUUCUUUUGUCAAAUAUCGAGGAUGGGGAGAGAGUUGGGGAGAGAGGCAUGCCAAGUUGAGUUGGCCGAGGGAUAUGCCUGGGAGGGAGGGCGACCUGAAGAAGACGGAGACGAGAGUAAGGGGAAGAUGGGUGAAGAGAAAGAGGGAAAUUUAGAUUGAUUGAUGAUACCCCGCACAUACACACGAAGCACACAAGUCAGAGCAAGACCAAGAGCAGAGUAAGAGUAGACAGAUUGCGAAUACCCCCUUUCCGUCACGUCACGUCACGUCCAGUUAGUCGGUCUUUCAGAAAUAGCUGAAGUAAUUGAAUAUCUUCUUUUUGG